GGUAGGCUACGUCUCCGCUGAAACAGCGGUCAGCUGCUGCCUUCAGAAGCGGUUGCUGACAAAGGAUUGGCUGCUUCAUCUGCAAAUCAAUCCGAGAAGCGGCCGGAAGAAGGCGCAGCCUUGUUAUGCAAGAGGGCUCGGCUGCAGAACGAGUCCACGGAAGUGGAGCCACCCUGAGACACAGCAUGAGUUCAGGUCUGAUUGAGAACUACGUGGCAGCCAUGGUGCUGAGCGCAGUUGGUGAUACCCUGGGCUAUUGCAAUACAAAAUGGGAGUUCCUGCAGAAUGGCCAGGAGAUUCACAGGCAGCUUGCACAAUUAGGGGGGCUGGGAAACAUCAGUAUAGCAGGCUGGAAAGUCAGCGAUGACACGGUGAUGCAUUUGGCUACAGCUGAAGCUCUGGUAGCUGCUGGGAAACAACCAAGUUUUCCAGAGCUCUAUUCCCUUAUAGCGAAGCACUACAAGGACUGUAUGAAUGACAUGGUUGGCAGAGCUCCAGGUCCUACCUGCAUUCAAAACGCAGAGGCCCUGCAGCCAGACCAACCAGAUGGCUGGAGGAUUCCAUUUAACAAGCAUGAGGGAGGAUGCGGGGCUGCCAUGCGGUCCAUGUGCAUUGGGCUGAGAUUCUGUCAUCCUGAGCAGUUGGACAGCUUGAUUCAAGUCAGCAUCGAGAGCGGUCGAAUGACCCAUCAUCAUCCAACUGGCUAUCUGGGAUCCCUGGCUUCUGCUCUCUUUACCGCCUAUGCUGUGAAUCGCAAGCCCCCUCACGAAUGGGGGAAGGGACUGAUGGAAGUGCUGCCACAGGCUAAAGUCUACAUCCAGAAGUCUGGCUACUUUGUGAAGGAGAACCUGAAGCACUGGUCCUACUUUAAAGAACAGUGGAAAAGAUACCUGAAGUCCAGGGGAAUUUCAGAUGGAGAGUCUGUUCCUACCUUCCCCCCCGUGUAUGGUGUGAAGGAGCGAGAUGAAUUCUAUGUCUCCCUGAGCUACUCUGGCUGGGGCGGCAGCAGCGGGCAUGAUGCUCCAAUGAUUGCCUACGAUGCCAUACUUGGUGCUGGGAACUCCUGGACAGAGCUCGCUCACCGGGCUUUUUUCCACGGUGGGGACUCCGAUUCUACAGCGGCCAUUGCCGCAUGCUGGUGGGGGGCCAUGUAUGGCUUCAAUGGAGUCAAUGUAUCCCUUUACAGAGCACUGGAAUACAGAGAGCGGCUGGAGAAAAUAGCUAAGGCCUUGUAUGAGGUCAGCCAGCCAGAGGGGUAAGUCCAAGCAGAGAGGUGGUUCUAGAGCUCACAAGACAAAACUAAACUUUACAAAAUUCGUUGCAUAGCUUGCAGGGCGAGGGGAGGGUUAGAUUGAUCUUGGACUGCACUUUACUGCCUAUCUACCUGUAGCUCCUGUUCCACCCAGAAAAUGCUUGUGCUUCAGCAGUCUGUCUAGCCCCUGCCUAGUACUAGAAUAACAGGAUUAAGGAUGAAAGUGUGAGGGGGGAAAGCUGGCAGAGCAGCUGUGUUCACUCAGUUUUUUUUUUUUUGGCCAUUGCUAGCAGAAAUGCACUCACAGCAGCACCAAAGAGCAACGCCUGGUCAGCCAGGUUUGGAUUGUGUUAGUAAUAGUAUAAGAAUUUGGUACUGGGUUGAGUUUGAGUGAAAUUUUAUAUUCCUCCACAGAACAGAACCAGCACAGAGUGCUAGUGCCAGCCUUCCCUUCUCUCACAUCCCAGUGCACUCACCCCAGACACCUAGUGAGCACCUCGACAGCGGAGAGGGGAAUACAGUCUGUAGGACCCUUUCAACCCUUAGUCCUAAGGGACCAAUUAGUGUGAGGGUGGAUUUUCACAUCUUUAGUGUGGGGAGAUGCAUUUUUCUGCUUUAAGAGCAGUCAUUUGGCAUGUGUUUAAAACCUAAUUUCACAGUGUCUCUAACCAGUUGCAGAAUUUCUAGACCUUUUAUGAUUAAAUAAAAAUGUCAGUGUUCUCUCUUGCCUCCUGCUGUUAAGGGGGAAGUCAAAUCCACAUACAGUCUUAGAAUUACCCUAAGUGAAUGGUAACAUUAGGGAGAGAAUUUGCACCUUACUUAAUCUAACUGGAUCUCGUUAUGAAGAAUUAGAGCUAGGAAAUGGCGCUUGCUACCAUAUCCCAGUUAAGCGUUGAGACCUUUAGAGCUGCUGAAAGAUGUUCUUUUCUUGAAAUUUGAUGCAACUGCUGAUAACACCUUUGAAAGUUUCUUGCUUCAGUGUGCAAACAGCUAAAUUCUGUCUCUUACUCCCAAGAUGGCAGCUUUCAAGCUGAUCAUCAUUUAUCCUAUUUACGAUCCUUUACAAAAGAAUAAAAUUACUAUAGAAUGUAAUCUGAUAAUGCAGAACAAUUCUGCUCUAUGUGAAACAGUCUAGAUUUGCAAAUGAAUAGAAGAUAGCUGCUGCUUCACCACAUCAGAGUUCGACAUUGUGCCUUUUGAUGAAUUUGCAGCAGAUAUCCAGGAAAUGCUGGAAGUGUGUGAAUGAGUUUCCAAAGGAGAGGGAAAAGAGACUUGCAGUUCUGUACCUUUUGCCUGGGGUGACCUCUGGUUUUCAGUGCUCUGUCUAUAAUUAAAUAAAAGCACAUAUUUCUCAUAUUAAA